AUGAAGAUCGCUGCCUUCAAUGUGAAGAGACUGGGAGGGGAUAAAGUCAACAACCAGGACGUACGGGAUAAUAUCAUAAAGAUUGUGUCUCGGUACAGCGUGGUGCUGCUGCUGGAGGUGACGGAUGUGAGUGGUGAGGCCAUGGAACUGCUCCUCAAACACCUUAAUGAAUAUGGAGAUAACAGAAGUAAUCCGUACCGCAAGCUGUGCAGUGAACCUCUGGGACCGGAGGGUCACAAGGAGAAGUUUGUCUACUUCUACAGAAAGAAAGAAGUGGAGAUAAAAGACAAAUACCAGUACAGAGGAAAUGCUGUGAUCACCAGAAAGCCUUUCGCUGUCCUUCUAAAUUGUCUAAACACAGUUGUGCAGGAUCUGGUGUUGAUCCCGGUCCACAUCACACCAAGUAACGCAGAGGUGGAGCUGAACGCUCUUCAUGACGUGGUUGAAGAUGUGAGGAAAAUGUGGAAGAAUGAUAACAUUAUGAUUUUGGGAGACUUUAAUGCUGAUCAACCGUAUCUCUCCAAGAAGAAGAAGACGAAGGAAACACUCCUCAUCUCCUCGGCUCCUUAUCGUUGGCUGAUAGGCGAUAACGUCCACACCAUGACUAUAAACAACAACCACGCCUACGACAGGAUCGUGGUUUACAAAGAAAGCAUGCUGGAGGCCAUCGUCCCCGACUCAGCCAAAGCCUACAACUUCAAGAGAGAGUUGAACUAG